AUGAACUUCACUCCGCUCAAUCCUCGUCCUUUGCUGCAGAACCUGAUCAAUGACGAGGUUAUCAUCCGCCUGAAAUGGGGACAGACUGAAUACAAGGGCCGGCUCAUCAGCGUGGACUCAUAUAUGAAUAUUCAACUCUCAAAUACGGAGGAAUACAUCGAUAGGAAACACACUGGGACACUGGGACAGGUUCUGAUCAGCGCACCUGUUUGGACCGAAUUUGAUCGCGUGGAUAGGUGCAACAAUGUCCUAUGGAUCUCAGCCGCCAAAGGCGUAGAAAUGAACGGCGAGGGACCUGACGAUACCAAGAUGGAGGGUUGA